AUGCAUCUCUGGCUCUCGGCCUGGAGUCGACCACUACCGGUCCGUCUGAUUCUUCAGCGCAAAACUCUUCGGCCUCUCACAACGAGUUGUCGCCUACUUCAGUCGACAGGUAGAAAGUCUACCUUCGCUCCAUCUCCACAACAACUAAAGAUCGCGGAACUUUGUUCUUCUCAGAAUGUUGUGGUAUCGGCAAGGCCAGGGUCUGGCAAAACGGCCACGAUAGAAGCCAUUGCGGCGAAUCACCCAGACAAACGAAUUGGCAGCAUUCUCUUCUCAAAAAGACUCCAGAGUGAAACCUCUCGUCGCCUUGAAAAUUAUCACAACAGCGAUGUUUUCACUUUUCACGGCAUGGCCGGCAAACUAUUGGGGAAAACCGUGCCAAACGAUAAGGAACUUCUCAAGCUACUUCGAAAGGUUGAUAGUAGCGGCAAGCUUCCCUUGUGGAAUUCUACACCCUUUGACAUCGUUGUCUUGGAUGAGUUUCAGGACUGUAAUCCGGAAACCUUUUGGCUAGUUGCUUGCUUUCUUCGGUCCAACAGUGUCGCAAAAGGAGGUCAGCCCGCACGUAUUGUCGUGCUUGGCGACGAACGUCAAUCGAUAUACCGUUUUCGCGAUGCAGAUCCGAGAUUUCUGACUCUGGCCCCAGAGUUGCUAGGUCCGAUAAGUCCUUACCCUUUUGAUAAGGUUCAACUAGGGAAAAGCUUCCGAUUACCCAUGCCGACGGUCGAGUUCAUCAAUCGGGGGUUUCUGGGCGGAGAGCAGUACAUCUCGAGCUCAAAGCACGGCCCAAAACCCAUUGUCCUAAGGUGUGAUAUUUUUGACAAGCACGCAUUGGCCGAAGAGCUAUCCCCCUACAUAAAACGUUAUGGGCCAGAGAAUUGUGCCAUCAUAGCGCCUACUGUCCGCAAAAGCGAUCCACUCAAAUAUCUGACCAAUGCACUGGCUGAGGUUCAUGGAAUCCCUAUAUCUGUACCUAUUGAUGACGAUGCGCCUCUCAACGAUAAGGUGAUUCAUGGGAAAAUGUGUAUCUCUACCAUUCACCAGUUUAAAGGCCGUGAGCGCGAACUGGUAAUACUUCUUGGCAUGGACGCUUCAUAUUUGGAGUAUUUCGGUCGCGACCUACCAGACGACAAAUGUCCCAAUGAAGUCUUUGUGGCCCUGACACGCGCUCUAAAACAGCUUGUCUUUUUGUACAACUACAAAAGAAAAAUGAUGCCUUGUGUUUCUGUUGAUGCUGUAUAUGACACAGCAGAGGUCAUCAAUAUGAUAAGUGACGAAGCAGACGGUAACAAAGCAGACUGUAACAAAGCAGACUGUAACAAAGCAGACUGUAACAAAGCAGACUGUAACAAAGCAGACUGUAACAAAGCAGACUGUAACAAAGCACGCAUUAAGCCACCUGACAAGCCCGGUCGGCCUCUUCAGCUCGGUCUUCUUCUUCCAAAGACCUGCUCUGCCACCGAAAUAGCUCGAUACCUUCAGGACGAUGCUCUUGAUAAAGUAGUCAAGCGCUUUGUGCGUGUCAAACGGGUUUCGCCGCGUUCGUCGGGCCACGGACGUAUCGACAUACAGAAUGUGGUCGCUUCAGAUAAGAAAAAGGGAUUCUUCGAAUCUGUAAGCGACAUAAACGGUCUUGUCAUCGCGGCAGCCCUAGAGCUUGAGACUUCAGGAACGAUGAAGUCUCUGGGCGUAGGCCAAAGGGAAGUCAACAAGAACAUGCCCAGGCAUCCCCAACGACUGGUCUCCUGGCUUUGCCGCCACGCCUGCAGGUAUGAAGCCGAUAUAUCUGGCUACCUACCACGUAUGAUACAAAUGGAACAUCACAAGUUUGAUUGGAUGAGGCAUGAAGAUCUUGAGCUUGCUCGGCGUCGACUUGAUAAAGAGCUGGUAGAUACACACUUGGUGUUUGAGGUUGGAAUGUGCGGCAAGUUUUACGUUGAUGACCAGGAUACUAAGCUCUGUGGCCGAGCAGAUAUUGUCACAUCUUCUCCUAGCGAUCAAGACGGGGAGAGCGACAAGACAAUCUGGGAAAUCAAGUUUGUUUCGCAGCUAACCAACGAGCAUAUCGUCCAGGCUUGUGUAUAUGCCUACUUACUAGGGUCCAGGUCUAGGAAACUACCACGCAUCAUAUUAUUCAAUGUGAGGGAUGGGGAUAAGCGCGAGAUCAUACCACGCGAUGGACUUGCUGGGUUGCGAAAGCUGAUCACGAACGUUCUGAGACUGCGGUACACAGCUGUAGGUGAGGUUUCGUACGAAGACUUUAUCCAGCGUUGUACUGAAACCACGCAAAGAGUAAUGAACCUGAGCGAUGGUAAGAACAAGGAAUGA